AUGUCCCAACCACAAACCAUCAACGUCGCCGACCUCGACGUCGCCCAACUAGCGGACGUACGAAAACAGCUUGAAGAUGAGUUAAAUCACCUCACAAGCUCGUUUGCCCAACUCAAGCAAGCGCAGGCAAAAUUCAAAUCAUGCAUUGAGAAUGUGAACGAGGUGAAGCCUCAAAAUAAAGGCAAGACGAUCUUGGUUCCUUUGACCAACUCCCUCUACGUCCCAGGGAAGCUCUGCGAUCCCGAUCAUGUCAUCGUGGAUGUGGGAACGGGGUAUUUCGUGCGGAAGACGCGCGCACAGGCUUUAAAGCACUAUAUGAACAAAGUCAACUACAUCCACAAAAACUUGGAGACGCUGGAGGAGACGAUCAUGAGGAAGCGGGAGAAUAUGAAUUCGUUGAUUAGCGUGUUGCAGUCAAAGAUACAGCAGGAAGCUCAGACAAAGAAGACUUGA